CCAACAUGUCGGACAUGAGCCGACUAACCUACGCACAUACGGAGCACUCACGUCUAAGUGUCAAAUGCGGCUUGACAGUGAUGCUGUAGCUUAUUGUAAGCACUAUACCGCUUUAUACGAUGCGCCCUUGGUAUAUAUGGCGACAAGUCCUUUCUCAGGCGGCCGUCAGCACAGCACAGCUUCAGUCAAUUCUAUUAUAGCCUCAAAUUCCUACAUAGCGAUUUCGGCACCGUUAUCACAAGGAUGAAUAUCUCCACCGUCAAACCACCCCCACAGGCUCAAGCUCUUCUGUCAGGCGCCCAGAAAGUCGCUACCUACGAGACAACAGGUGGACUUGUGACCACGCAGUUCGCAGGGCAUAACCUCGCUCUCAUCUCACCCAUCCAGCAUGACUCAAUCAUUCAUGACAAUGCAUGCGGUUCUGGCACCGUCAGCCGGCUAAUUCUCUCAAAUACCUCAGCACCUGGCAACAUUAAGAUUUACGCAACAGACAUCGACCCGCCCUUCUUGUCAGCAUUUCAGUACACGGCAAAGGAGCAGGCCUGGCCUAUAUCGAUCUCCAAUCAGAAGAGUGAGGCUCUAAACUUUCCUGAUAACACCUUCACGCACUCCCUGACAAACAUCGCGAUCUUCUUCACUUCGUCCGCUGGCCUCGAUGGCGCCAAGGAGAUAUAUCGCACGCUCCAGCCCGGCGGUACCGCUGUGGUGAACUGCUGGGCGUACGUAACCUGGCUCCUUCCUGUGAAAACUGUGCACGACAUUAUCCGGCCUGGCAAGCCCUUCCCUACACCUGUGAUUGCGUGGCACGAUAGGCAGCACAUUCAGAAGGUGAUGCGGGAGGCGGGGUUUCGAGGAGAGGACAUGAGAAUUGAGAGCAGCGAUGCAUGGGCAGUGGUGAAGAGGGAGGGGUUGAGGGAGUGGGCAGAAAAGAGCUGGGCGUACUUGGGUGGAAUUGCUGGUUGGUUCGAAGAAGACGAGAAGACAUGGGAUCAAGCUGUUGAUAAGUUGGUAGAGCUACUAUUAGUCCAGCCAGGGACAAUGGUGAACGGAGACGAGGUAAGGAUGAAGGCUAGUCAGUGGGUGGUCAUCGCGAGGAAGUGAAGCAAAGAUGCGGAUACCCUGGCAGUCGAAAGGCACGGCAGCUUUCAGGACGAACAAAUCAAAGAGAUAUUUCUUCCGGAGAGUUCUGAGACAUGUGGUCUUAUCAAUAGUACAUUAUUCUAUGAGAC